UUCUAUUCUAAAAGUUCGUUGCAAAGUGAAAAGUGUAAAAAUUAUAAAAACAAAAUUAAUGAAGUGUUCCAAGGAUAAUUAACUUUAAGUAUUAAAUAUUGCUACCAUGGUUGUGUCAAUAACAUGUUUACAUAAAUUAAAUACUAAUCCACUAAGCAAUUUGCGUGCUAUAUUAUGUUUUCCAAAAGUUAUCCUUCUCGAAAACAACAAGAAUAUACAUAUUGUGGAUAUAUAUGAAAGUAAUGAUUCAGAUAAAAAUUUUGCUUUUUUGUUUGAGAAUGAAAUCUCAGAAUUUAUUGUAAGGGAUAAAUUUAUUUGGUGUCUAUUAAAAUCUGGUGAAAUAUGGAUCAUAAAUAUUGAUAAAGGGUAUAAAAUUAAAAUAAUAUAUAACAGCCAAGCUCACUACAAUAUAGUACGUUUAAGAAAACAAGGUCCUGACUUAAUAUUAAUAAGUGAAAGUGGUGAAUGUCUCAAUGUUAUAAUAAACAAUGAAGAUUUAGAAAAGAACAUUCAAGAGCUUACUGUAUCCUUAACAAAAUAUUUACCUAAAAUUCAAGAUCACCAUGAACCUCUAUACAUAAAAUCAGAUGAAUUAAUAUUUAAAUGCCCUCACACUGGCUUAACUGAUGUUAUAAAAUCAAAUGUGCAUUUAGACUUCAUUAGAUAUUGGGAUGACAUGAUUGUAUUGAGCCAUUCAAAUAAAAUGUGGGUGAUGAAUAAAAGUUUUGAAUUGAUAUUUCAAUUUGAUAAAAAUAAUUCUAAUUAUCACCCUAUGUCAGCUAAUAAAGGAAUAUUCUACUACUUGAAAUGGAUAAAUGGAGAGGUGGAAAUUUAUAGUGCUUCUUUGGAGUGUCAUGAAGAGCAACAGGAGGAAGAGAAAAUUGGAAAUAAAUCAAAAACAUCAAACGAUUUAUUGAAACUUCAACUAACCAACUUUGUUGAUGAAAUAAUUAUAAAUACCACUAAACCUGCUGAAGUACUACCACAACUGCAUCAGAUGUUUCACAACCUAGAUGAUAACAGGUUUCUUGUGAGUGUCGCCAAAAAGCUCUGUAACCAUAACUUACUAUAUAAACCAAUAUUGUAUCCUCUACAGAAAAGAAUUUGUCUCACAGAAGACAAAUCUCUAAUUGACUUUAUAUGUGAUGUUGUUAUAAAGAGUGAUCUUCUUGAAUACAUCUGUUUCAGAGGUGGCAGUAGCUAUGAUAAUGUUAAUAUAUUUGAAAUGAAUUUCAUACAAUUGUGCAUAACAUUUAUUUCCAAAUCGGAUUUAGAUUUAGCAUCUAUAUGUUGGUUAAAAUAUUCAGAGAUGAGAUUAACAUUGACUGCGGAUGAUGUUGUUGAAAUACUAAAUUCUAUACCUUAUAAUAUAAAAAUUGGAGCUCUUGUAAUAUGGUUUCGGAACUUUGUACCACCCGUUUUAGAACAGAAUGUAUUUUAUGUCGACUUGUUUGUAAAGUGGACUACUGAUAGAAUUUUCCUCUUGGAGCAGUCAUCUUAUUGGCCAAAGAUUGGUUUAAAAUUUCUUGCUUCAAUAAUUGAAGUACUCGAGACAUCCAUAAGAACUGUCUAUAUAAGAUCUAUCUCUAUCGAUGAUUUGGAUAAACUCCAAGAUCAUAUAAUUUACAUAUCGGAACUCAAAGAAAAAUACAAAAUCAACAUGCUACUCAGCGAGUUCAGCUCUCAGAGUCCUUCGGAAAUUGCUCUUAUAAUGUUGCGUCGCUGUUAUACAGAAGAUUUGGAAGCUUUUGUUUCUGAGAGUUUGCCGAAAUAUGUUUCACGACAUUUACUAGAAAUGGAUGAGACUUUAAGAUCCUUCAUAGAUAGUGAAGCUGCCAGCAGCGGCGGCAGCAUCGACGGACCACGUCUUAAGAUCUUGCUUAGUGCAUUUAGAGCACCAUGUAACAAAUUGGAUUGUUUGCUAAAUGUGCUUAAAAUCUUAGACGUACCGUGGGAUACCACAGUACUUACAAUAGCUACUGAAGCAGCUUCCUUAGUGAACAAAGAUUUUACUAUCACCGACUCGGAUCGCGUAAUUGCACAAGAGAUAUACAAGGAAUUGAACUAUGCGAAAAUUAAAGUUAUUUUAAAAAAAUACAAUUUUCCCCUCACGUGUACCGAUUACAGGCUUGUAUUGCAUAAGGUCAUAAGUUCUCCAACUGUUGAUUUGGAGGACCUAGACAUAUUCACAAAUAUACUAACGAUCUAUACUCAUUAUGCGUGUAUUUUGUAUAUAGACAGAUGUCUUCAAGAUUGUGAGACGAAAAAAGCACUGAAUUAUUUCAAGAAUAUCAAUAAUCGUAAUAAAAAGAUGAUCGUAAAGGCAAUACUAUCAAAAUUUGAACAAAUAAUUAGCAGUGGAAAAGUAAAUCAACUAUUGGAAAAAAAUUACAUAGAUUUUCUAAAAGGGACACAACUGUUAAAUAUAAUACAAAUCAAUUCCAUUGAAAAUUUGUACCAUCUCAAAAAUUCGUAUAACAUCAAGCUAAAUUUAAACGAAAUUAAUAGUAACAGUUUUAAGGAGAGCACAUUACAAAGUUUAAAAGAUAAUGAAGAAAUAUUAUCAUCGAGUUUAGGGCGCGGAAGGUGCAUUUCCCAACUUAUUAGUAAAGAUUUAUCCAGAAAGUCCCAAUUAAUCUGUCUACUACGAGGAAUAUCUUCCAGUCGAACUAUAAGGAUGCAUGUUGAAUCUUUAAUGUUAUCUGAUAAAAAUGAAACAUCCGACCUUAUUAAAUAUAAAGAUGGACAAAACAGUAAUAUUUUAUUGGAAUCACACAAUAUUCUGUCCGAGGUGUCCAUUAACUGCAAUGAAGAGGAUAUUCACGAAGUACUAAAAAGUCUUUCAACGUUGAAUGCCUUGAUAAAUGCUAGUACAAUUCUGAAGAACCUCUCAGUUGCAUGGAAGUUUCAAUACAUAUUUUUACCUAUGUCUACAAUUCACGCCCUGAAUGAUUUGAUCAAUAUCUAUUCUAAUUCGUCGCAAAUGAUAUCAGUUGAGGAAUUUUUGCAUAUCGCUUCUAAAGGAGAGUUUAUAAUAUUUAGAAUAAUUGCAAAUAUGAUACAAAAAUCACUGGGAAACAAAACCUCGUUGUGUGAUAAAAUUGUUAAAGCGAGGGAUAAGGUCACAAAAAGAAUGUUAGCCAAGAUUGUUUCUCUACAAGACCUGGAUCAAGUAUUGAUCACUUCGUUUUUGCUUACCCUUAGAACUACAGCAUGUGAAGACAAAAUGUGGAUUCUGGAACUGCUUAAGGGCCAAUCAGAUUCUCUUUCACCAUCUGCAAUGCACUAUCUUUCUUCUCCGUCUAUCCGUCGCAUUUUUGCUAUUGAUGAUAUUUUACCUGGAAAUAAUAUGUCUUAUCCCCCACAAUACAUCCUAAAGUCCAAGUUUAAUAUCAAUUUAUCUGAAGUAGCUCUCCCAGAAAACGAAGAAACAUGGGACGUACAAGUCUUACUUUUCUAUAUUUUGCGAAGAUAUCCGAAUAUUAAUUUCAGUCGUCUCAUAGAGUUAUGUCAAACUUUAAAUAUAAAUCCAAAUGAAGGAGUCUCUCUAUUAUUGAUAUCUGUAUUAUCAACUUGGGAUCUCAAGUACAAAAUAUAUGAAAACGAAUUAGGCUAUCGUCAAAUACUCACUGAGCAUGAUCAAACGCAAUUAAUGUCACAAUGUUUUGUGAUUUGGCACAGUAUAAAAGACAAGGAUUUUAUAAGAAAAAUUUGUACUGACUUAUGGAAGACCGGCGAAGCUUUGGUACAUGGUUGUCACGUGUCCAUUAAUCCUUAUUUUUAUGAAGUAUAUAUAUGUAUCUACCACUUAGUCUUCAGUUCACCAACAGACACUAAAUAUUUGAAGGAAUACUAUAUACUUAAUUUUCUUAAAGGAUAUCAAAGAAAAAGCAUUCCUAAACAAUACGAAUUUGAGCUAUUCUCAAUUAAAGGAAUAUUUCCAGAGAUAGGAUAUUACCGCUUACCAUUACACCUUUUCAUGCGGGAUGACAUGUGGUCAAAUUUAAAAUCUGAAAUAACUUUAGAAACUUACGAGUCUUGGUUGCCUAUUGUUUCAUUACUGUCACUGGACGGUGAUUUACAGACGGCGCGGGAUAUGAUAUGCAGCAACGCCGUUAAACAAACUAUGACAAAUCGAAAACGAGCAGAUAGUAAUGAAGCUGAUUUAAAGGAUGAGCCUUGGCGCUUGACGUCACAAGAAGAACCAUUACUGCGAACAGCUCAUCGGUGUGUAAGACAUAUAGCAAAUAUGGAGUGGGCAGGCGCUUGUCUGUUUUAUGCUCUUCAAGGUUGUGCUAGAGGCGCUGAUCAAGUAGCAGCUGCACAGCUAUGUUAUCAAUUUUCACAACGUUGGGCAACUCUUCAACCCGGCAAUCGUGCUGUUCGACAAAUGGAAAAACUUCACUCUUCAUUAUCAACCCGUCACGUCUUAUACAAGAUUGAAUGGGCGUGCGAAGAACUUAUCCGGCUCUCAACAGAGCCUGUACAAUUGAUUAAUGCUUUAUAUCUUCACCCAAAAUUUGUCGAAAAAAUUACUCGUCACGAUAUAAACCGGGCGGCUAAUGAGAUUGCCGAUAAAAACAAUGUUAAUAUCAGUUCUAUAAGAAUACAACUACUAGAAAGUAUACUUGACAAAACUUACAAAGAAAACAACGUCUCACCCGGGUUGGAUCCGAAAGACUUGAUUACCGCAAAAUAUAUUCUAAAGGCCACGUGUCCAAAAAUGGGGGCGUUUUAUCUAUCAAGAAUAGCAUUUGAUGAUGAAAGUGAUUAUAACAAAUGUAAGAAAUUGAGGGCUUUACAAUGUUUGAUGAGCGCAGUGGAACCGGAGACAGCGGUUAAAGUAGCACGUCGAGAACGUCAUGUACUUUGGAAAUCUUUAAUAGAACUGUUUUAUAUUGUUCAUCUUGAACGAAUCGAUGUGCCGUGGGUCAUUGCUACAUUUUUGCAGGAUAAAACAUUAGCGCUAAAUCAACUUUUGCAAGUUUCUGGUAAUAAUAUUGAGAGCUUGAAGAUUGCAGCGGAACUAGCUAACAAGUUUGGUGAUAGCCAAAUAAUUCGAGAACUUAUUCCUGUUUUGAUGAGGGCUUCUCUGUUCGAAGAAAUGAUACCAUUGCUAUUAAAAGUUCAAAAUCCACCAGACAAUAUGAUCUAUUCUGCUUGGAGAGCUAUUAUGUUGUCACCGUUCCAACGUGCCGAUUACCCGAUCACUGAUCGUCAAAAAGCUAAAUGUCUAAACGCUUUGAAUUUAUUACCAGUAUGUCCUGUCAUCAAAGAUGACGACCUAAUAGAAAUUUGGAAAAAUUGUAUAAGAUGUAAAUGUUUAGGCUUAGGUUGCUUAGUACUACCAUAUAUGACGGCUCAAGCUAGGCAGUCGUUGACUGAACUAAAGAAAAUUGAUAAAAGAACUCUAGUAAUAAAUUUAAAGAAUUUACACAAUGAAACCUAUCUUGUGUCUGGAGCCAUGUUCGUUUUAGAAAAUUUAACACCAAAACUAUCGCGUUAAAAACAUUGCAUAAUUAGUUACAGGAGUUAGAAUAAAUCUUAAAUAUUUUGUUCAGAGUCAGUUCCCUUAAAAUAUUUAUAAUAACAAUAUCUUAACGCUAUAUUGAUAUAUGAUUUGCUGUGUAAUAUACAAAAUUCAUUGUAUUACUCCAUUAUUAUAUACUAGCUUAUUUAUAUUGUUCUCAUAAUGUAAUGUCUCAUAAUUGUAAAUACAUAUUAUCAA